AUGACCGUUCGAUUGCUGAUAUGUAAAGUUUGCAUUUCUUCAGGACAUGACGUGAACUAUCAGGUGUCGAGACUGUCGAUCGAUCACAGGAUAAUUUUAUUGAUUACAGCUGGCGCGAGGGACGGUGGCGGCAGAAGGUAUCCUGUGAUUGUGUUCGUGCAUGGCGAAAGCUACGAAUGGAGCAGUGGAAAUCCUUACGACGGCAGCGUCCUGGCAAGUUACGGAGGCGUCGUCGUCGUCACCAUCAACUAUAGACUCGGUAUUCUGGGCUUUCUAAACGCCAACACAGACUCGCACUUACGCUCGCCAGCGAAUUACGGUCUGAUGGACCAGAUCGCAGCGUUACACUGGGUACAGGAGAACAUCGCUUAUUUUGGGGGCGAUCCCAAAAACGUCACGCUGGUAGGACACGGUACCGGCGCCGCUUGCGUGAACUUCCUGAUGACCAGCCACGCGGUUCCUGAUGGUCUGCUGUUUCAUCGAGGUGUUCUGAUGUCAGGCAGCGCGCUUUCACCAUGGGCGUUAGUGAGAGGAGCCGCCAAUUACGCCAUGCAGGUCGCCAAACACCUAAAUUGUUCGUCGGUAGCGGAAGAUCCUCAGGCUCUGUUAAAGUGUUUGAGAGAUGUGUCUUUGAGUGAAUUGGUAUCGGUGCCUGUUAAAGGGCUAGAAUUCGCACCAGCUUUUGGCCCCAGUAUAGACGGCGUUAUAAUCGAUCCUGGCGAUCCCGAGGAUCAGGACUACACCCUACAAGUCGACACGAUCAAUACGCUCAACAACAUCCUUCUGAGAAAGGACGUCGUCGCGAAACUGUCGAGGUACGAUUUGAUGGUGGGUGUUGUUCGUUCCGAGGCGUAUUUUUCGUUAACCGCCGACGAUGCUCAGUACGGGAUCGAGGCUGAUAGAAGGACAAAGAUUCUGCGCGAAUUCGUGCGGAACACGUACACGUAUCACCAGCCGGAAAUCCUAGCAACUAUAAUAAACGAGUAUACGGAUUGGGAACGACCCGUGCAACAUCCCGUCAAUAUUAGGGAUGAGACUCUCGAGGCCCUGGGGGACGCCAAUACAGUCGCUCCGGCAACGAGAACCGCGGAUCUUCACAGUCAAUCCCACAGAAACUCCUAUCUGUACGUCUUCGACUAUCAAACGAAAUUCGGAGACUAUCCUCAGAGGCCAGGAUGUAUCCACGGGGAGGAACUGCCAUAUUUUUUUGGUGCGCCCUUAGUUGGAGGUUUGUCUCAUUGGCCGAAGAACUAUACCAGAGCCGAGAUAGCGCUCUCCGAGAGUGUGAUACUCUAUUUGACGAACUUUGCACGUACCGGGAAUCCGAACGAGGGCACUCCUGAUCCUGGACCCCUCGGUUCCAGACCGGAAAGGACCAAGUUUAAAAAUAUCGACUGGACCGCUUAUGAGGCCGUCCAUAAAAAAUAUCUUAGCAUAGAACUCAAAUCGAAACUGAAGAACCACUACAGGGCCCAUCGCCUUUCUUUUUGGCUGAACUUGGUGCCCGACCUUCACAAACCCGGCUCAGAUGACGUUCCUAGGUCGCAUCAUCUUCUCGAUGCCGAGCAGGUGCCACCCAGAUUCAUUCAGAGGCUACCAACAACCGCAAGAACAACUACGUUGGAGGUAACAUCUAUCGAGAAAUCUUCGUCCAACAUGUCAACGAUUACACCAAGCGACAUUACUUUCGAGGAUUCCACGGCGUUACCUGAGGAUGGCUUCGCGGCGUAUUCCACCGCCCUGAGCGUGACAAUCGCGAUCGGCUGUAGUCUGCUGAUCUUAAACGUACUCAUUUUCGCCGGGGUGUAUUAUCAACGCGACAAGAGCAACCACCAGCACCACGGCUGCUCGAAGAAGCGCCAGGAGAACGGCCAAAUGCCGAACAACAUUUGCGGCGAGCUGGAGACCAAGACCGCCGAACGACAUCACAUCCAGCACAUACCGCCACCGGAGUUUGCUGACCUCCAGAACAAUACCUGUCACGUGCCUAUGCCGCCCCCGCCACCGAAGAAUACGAAGCCCGGUAAGCCUGGUCAGAACCUCAUCAUCAGUCCCAACCAAUUACAGCAGGAGAGCUUGGCCAUGACCGGGACUGGGACAUUGAAGAAGGGACACAAUCACCCUCAAGUCAUGGAGGAGUUAAGAGUCUGACUUUAGGAGACCGCGCGGCCACCGAACUAACAUGGCCGCGAGGAAAAUAGGAUCCUGAAACAAUCGUCAGGGAAUCACUUCAAAAUGGGAAUUACUUUCCAAUUAUCAAUCUGACAUAAUCGGG